AUAGUCCCGAGGCUUUGGCCUGCGCCUCCCUCGCCUGUCAAGCGCUUGAUUUCAUUGUUCCAGGCUGAUGUCACUCCCAGUUGUUACAGACGCUUCUUCGGGUAACAAUGUGGAACUAGGAGGCACAAAGGACCUUUCUGGAGACACCCCAAAGAUUUGCCGACUUCAACACCUUCUAGGACCAGGGUGUUGAUUUUCCUUAGAAGCAAAUCCAUGCAUUCCUACACUGUGGCAUCACCAGAUAGGAUGAGUGGCUCAGAUAACGGACUGGAUGAAACAGAACUCAGCAUUACACUCACUCUCCGGAUGCUUAUGCAUGGAAAGGAAGUUGGCAGUAUCAUAGGCAAGAAAGGAGAGACUGUGAAGAAGAUACGAGAACAGAGUACUGCCCGGAUUACCAUUUCAGAAGGAUCCUGCCCUGAGCGGAUCACCACCAUUACAGGUUCUACUGAUGCUGUUUUCAGAGCUGUUUCCAUGAUUGCCUUCAAGCUGGAGGAGGACUUGGGAAAUGGAGCAACCAAUGGAGGCACCAUCUCCAAACCACCCGUAACACUGAGGCUAGUCAUCCCAGCUAGCCAGUGUGGCUCACUCAUUGGCAAAGCUGGAGCCAAAAUAAAGGAAAUCCGAGAGACAACAGGUGCUCAAGUCCAGGUGGCUGGAGACCUCCUGCCCAAUUCCACUGAAAGGGCUGUCACUGUCUCUGGAGUACCAGAUGCUAUCAUCCAGUGCGUGCGACAGAUCUGUGCAGUUAUACUGGAGUCACCCCCAAAAGGUGCCACGAUUCCCUACCAUCCCAGCUUGUCCUUGGGACCGGUUCUUCUCUCAGCCAAUCAGGGAUUUUCCAUGCAAGGACAAUAUAGUGGAAUAUCUCAAGCUGAGGUGACAAAGUUGCAGCAGCUUUCGGGACACCCUGUCUCAUUUUCAUCCUUGGCACAAACUCCAUCUAUAGUUGCAGGCCUGGAUGCAAAUUCUCAGAAUAGCUCUCAGGAGUUUCUAGUUCCCAAUGAUCUCAUUGGCUGCAUCAUUGGCCGCCAGGGGAGCAAGAUCAGUGAGAUUCGGCAAAUGUCUGGAGCACACAUCAAGAUCGGGAACCAGACAGAGGGUUCUUCCGAACGUCAUGUGACCAUCACAGGGACACCUGUCAGCAUCACUUUGGCUCAGUACCUCAUCACAGCCUGUUUAGAGACGGCCAAAUCUACCUCCCAGACGCCCCCCGUUGACCUCGGCAUGACUUUCUCCCAGCCCCUCACCCCUUCGCCAGCCCCAGCGCUGACAGCAGUGGCCGCACCUCCCCCAGCCUUGCUUGGUCCCCCCUAUGCCAUCUCCCUCUCCAACUUCAUCGGCUUGAAACCCAUUCCCUUCUUGACACUGCCCCCUUCCUCAGCCACGGGGCACAAUGGCAACCUUGCCACCUACACGACCAAGAUCUCCACAGCCAAUGCAAGCAAGAAGGCUGGACUCCUGCCCUUUGACAGCCAGAAAAUCAGCAGGAACUCUACAACUCUAUAUAACCACAACCUUUUCCAUCUUCCCCUUUCUCUUAACCUAGUCAUUCUUUCUUCAUGUAUUUAUUUUAAUGAUAAUAAAGUAUUAAACUUGGAUGCCGCCCAUCUAUCAAUGACUCUGGGCAGCUCACAACAAUGAAUCAAGGAAAAUAUCAAAUCAAUAGAACAUUAAAGGUAGAAGAUGGCAAAUGUAAUGAAGCGAGGGUCUCAUUUUCCCUUGCCAAAGGCCUGGGUGAAGAAAUAGGUCUUCACAGCUCUUCUAAACAACAGUGGACUGGAGUUUAUCAGGCCUCAAGGGAAAACUUGUUCCAGAGGUCAGGCACUGCUGCGGAGAAAGCAUACUUCCAGGAUCCUGAUAAAUAACAUUGUUCAAUCAAAGGAACCUGCCCUAUAGGAUAGAAUCAGCCAGACAGAUAUAAUGGGAGGCAGGUAGUCCCUUCAGUAUUUAUCUAAUUUGUGUAGCUUCCCAUCUCACAAGAAGUGACUCUGGGCAGGGUACAACAAAACUAAAAGCAUCACAAAUUUAAAACAUUAGCAAACUAUAAAAGCAGCUAAAAAAGAUUAAUAGAUGAAGGAAUGUUAAUAGUAAAGGUUCCACUCAUUCGUUUAUCUUUCCCUUGAUAUCCCCAGGCCUGCCAGCAUAACCAAGUCUUAAGGAUCUUUAGAAGCCUCGAAGUAAUGAGGCUAUCUGAACUUUACGAGUGGGGUAAAAUUCCACAUGUGGCAGUCACAGAACAAAAAAAAAAAGCCUGUGGCCUAGAACCCACCAAAUGUAGCUGCCCUUUCUGUUAGAUCUGGUGGCAGGCCUGGAUGAAAUUUGCGGUAAGGCUGUCCCUCAAAUAAGAGGGACCCAUGCGAUCUAGGGCUUUAAAGGUCAACAGCAGCAUCCUGAAUUGGACCCAGAAGCAAAAUAAGAACCAAUAUAGUUCUUGCUGCAGAGGUGUAAUGUGUGCUACAUAUUAUAUAACUGCUCACAUUACUGCAUUUUGCACCAGAAGAACUUUUCAAGGACAGCCUCACGUAAAGUGAAUUGCAAUAGUCCAACCAGGCAGUCACCAGCACAAAAAUGACUGAGUAGGACCCUUUGAUCCAGGACUGGUGCAACUGGCGCACAAUAUGAAGUUGUUCAAAAGCUUGCCUAGCCAUGACUGCCACUUGUUCCUUGAGCAGGAGUCAUGAGUCUAAAAAGAUCUCUAAGUUGCACACAGUCUGUUGGGGGAAGGGCAACCUCAUUCAGCACCAAAGCAAUAACAACAGCAAUAGCACUUAAACUUAUAUACUGCUCCAUAGUGCUUUACAGCACUGUCUGAGAGGUUUAUAAUGUCAGCAUAUUGCCCCCAACAAACUAGGUCCUCAUCUUACCAACCUUGGAAGUAUGGAAGGCUUAGUCACCUUUUAGCCGGUUAGGAUCAAACUCCUGGCUGUGGGCAGAGUCCGCCUGCAAUAUUGCAUUCUAACCACUGUGCCACCACAGGUCCUGGUGAUAUUAAACAAGAGGGCUCAAAACUCAAAGUCAUUUAGUCUUGCCAGGGUUCAUUUUAUGUAUGUCGUUUCCCAUCUAGACCUUCACAGUCCCCAGACACCAGGAUAGGAUAUCCAGAGCAUCGCUUAAUUCAUUAGGGACCAAGAUGUACAAUUGAUUUAUCAUCAGCAUACUGGCAAUACUUCAUCCCAUGACAAAAGAUGAGUUCACCCAGUGGCCUCAUGUAGAUGUGGGAAAAGGGAGGGGAGAAUAACCUCUGUGACACUUCACAUAACGGGCCAAGGGAAGGGUAUCUCCUCCCCAAUCACCACCAACUGGAACUGUCCCCAAGUGAACCAGCACAAGUUUAUUGCCCUCUCACAAUCCUCUGAAUCAAUCCAGAAGGAUACCAUGGUCAAUAGUAUCGAAAGCUGCUGAGAAGUCAAGUAAGGCAAGAAUAGGCCUACUACCAUCAUCUUGCCUAUGUAGAGACAUCCAAAAGUACAACUAAUGCUAGUUUUGUUCCAUACCCAGUCUGAAAUCUGAAAGAAAAUGAUUCAGAUAAUCUGAUGCAUCUAGGGUUUUCUGAAGCUAUUGUACAACCAAGGAAGGUUGACUACUGGGCAAAAGUCCAGUACUGCAGGAUCCAGCAAUUGCUUCUUGAGAAGAAGGCACAUGAAGCAAUCUGUAGACACAAUAAGGGCAGAGUAGCAUUGCCACUUCACGCCUUUGCUGCUAGAAGAGAGGCCUCUUGCAAGUCUAACUGAUGUUCUAAAUCGAGUUUGUCCUUAGUUGGACACCAGUCUUGUUCUAGGCAUCCCAUUUCAUUUCCCUCAACUCAUCAAUAAAUCAUGAGGAAUGACAAGAUUUGUGAGAGUGGAGAUGUCACAUAGGCAUGAUCAGAUCCAAUACCUCAAUCAGCCCUGUAAUAAUAAUGAUUUCAGAAGGACCAUGCAGCAAAGCAACAGGAACAAUCCCCAGCUAUCCCCUGAAACCCCUCUGAGUCCAUCAGUUGCAAGCGGUGGACCAAUCUAAUGGAUCCAGCCUCCCUACAGUGGAUUGCAGCUUCAGAGAAUCCCAUAGUAAUCAGGACAUGAUCUGACUAUGACAAGGGGGACACUAAAAGCUCCACCAGUCAAAGAACACAUAGCCACUGCUCUGGCAGGAACACUAAAUCUGGUGUGUUACCAUAGUCCCAUGAUGCCCAUUGCCAUAAUAGUAGCUAUGAAUUCCUGAGCCAUCUCAGAUUCCACUCACAGAGAAGGCAGAUUGAAAUCCCUCAAGACCAUAAGUCUCUACCAUCAACCAGGAGGUUGACUCGAGAGCAGCUGGAAGCCAGGGCUUCUGAAAGUCUGCUGUCCAGGUAUCCAGGCUGAGAUCAAGGAGCUGGAAUGCAAAACUGAUAUAAAACACUGGUCCAGUAUUCUCUGGGAAUGGCCCGUUCCUUGUCUCCUGCCAUAUUUCGUAUGCCCAUAACCUGUACCAGGUUGUAUGCCAUGUAGGGCUUUAUAGGUAACAGUCACACUCUGAAACAAACCAGCAACAGUACAGUUUGUGAAGAAGAGAUGCUACAUGGGCAUAUUGAGAUAUGCCAAUUAUUGCUAACGCUGCCACAUUUUGGAUCUUUUGAAGCUUCCAGUUGUCUUCAAAGGCAGCCUCACAUAGAGUGCAUUGGAGUCAUCAACUUGUAAGAUCAAUCAAUGUUGAAAUAGGGUCACAGACCAGAGUUUCAACCUUGUGAGUUAACUAGGGCAUGCAUGAGGAGUGACCCAUGUAUGAAAGAAUGCAGCUGAUGUACCAGUUGGAGUUAUGCAAAGACCUUCCUGGCCACAGCUAACACCAACUGCAGAUCCAAGGAUAUCCCCAGAUUGUGAAUUGAACAGCGAAUUGCUACCUCAUCAAGUAAGCAAGAUCUAAAAUGGAAUAUCCUCAGAUCUGGGUGGCCCAAACACCCACAGCCAUUCUGUAGGAUUGAGGAGAUAUAUUUCUCCCCAUCCAAACUCAUAUACGACUGGACACGCUAUAUGAAUGCACUUAUUUUAUUGUUUUAUCAUUAUAUUUAUUGUUUUAAUUUUGUGCGCCGCCCUGAUUCCCUAGGGAUUGGGCGGCAUAUAAAUUUUAUUAAUAAAUAAAUAAAUAAAUAAAUUGGCUGGCCCAUAGUCAAAAGAUAUAAUUGGGUAUCAUCAUCACAUGUCAAUUGAGCCACUAUGGCUUAUUAAGCAAAUCAUAGCUAAAGCUAAUUGCAGCUCAGCACGAGGAAUGAACAUUUUGUAGUUGGGGGAGUGGAGAUAGAACCUUCUAUAUAUUUGUUUCUAUUACAAAAAUAUUAUUUCAUGUGGAUUUGCUUUAAAUGCAAUCAUAUGGGGUUAAGUCCUGAGGAAGCACUAUAGAGAAACCUUUGUGGGAACAGCUUGCUUCCCUGCACCUUUCCCACGUGAAAAGACAGGAGAGCUCUGCAGUGCCAUUGGGGCAGCAUAGAAAUCCUGUAAAAUAAACACACAUAUUAUUAACUUGGGAAUUUUCAUUAAUGUUAGUCUUGGGAAAUGUUCCCCAGACUUCCUUUGAUUAGAUAUCUUUGCUUUUCGGCUUAAAUAAACUAACACGGUGAAAGCCCGGUCAAAGCCUUCAGAGCAGCAAGAAAAGAUAAUGUGGUACCACAUAUUCAUUGUCCAAAGAGAAAAAGGAGGAACAAAGUUUCUUGCAUUCAAAUAGCUACUUACCAUAGAAAGAGUAAGGGAGUUUGAUGCAGCACUCCAUUGGUCUGGGUGUGGGAAAGGAAAAGAUUUAUAAGAUAGUCAUAUAUUAGUAAUAGUAAUGGUUCGAGACAAGUCUUCAGCCUUGAAACCCCUGCUGACCAGCCCCAUGUAUUGAGAAUAUGUAACAUGCCUGUCAUUCUCACCUGUAUCUACAAAUUUUCUGCAAAAAAUGAAUAAGCGACAUUCCCCAUUCAUUCACCCAAAUACAUCGUCUAUUCUCUGCACUAUGGAAUAGGACUUGUAAAAACACCUGGGACUUGAUCUGAUGCAUUACUGCCUGAAUUAGCUACCAUUCAUUUGGUAUCUGACUUGGAGCAGAAAUUAAUUUUAUUUCCAUACAGUUAAGGAUCCAUAAAGGAUGAAAUCAUAAUUCCUGCAUCACAGAAAUCUUGUUGGAGAGAAGAGAGCUUCGUGAACUGUAAAAUUUAGAAGGCAACUAAAUGUUAAAAAAAAAAAGGCAUCAUUACAGAUUUUACUUGGCAGGUCAUUGCUGACUAUAGGUGGUGGUUCCCAUCUCCGUUUCAAGGCUAUUGAGCCCAAACUGUCAGAAGACAUUUCCACAGUCAUGUGGCCAGCACGAUGUCAUGGAGCUCUGUUACCUUCCUACUGAAACUACCUAUUUAUCUACUUGCAUGUGCAUGCUUUCGAACUGUGAGCUGGACAGAAGCUGAGGUGAGGACAGGAGCUCAUCCCGUCAUGUGGCACUCAGAUCUCAAACCUCGGCUUCCGGCUUUCCAGCCAACAAGCCCAUUGUUUUAACCACUGAACCACACUAUAUGAAUCAGUAUAAAUCAGGGGGAUAUAACCUAUGCAGGUCCCAGAAACAGCAGAAGCAGGAAGAUCCUUUCUCCCCAGAUGUCAUCAAAUUAUAAUUCUAAAGCCAUAAAGAGUAAAAGUUCUGAACUACAUCAAGAAUAAUCUUAUUUACUAUGUGUUAAUUCCUGUUAAUUACAAGUGAUUCAUUUAAUCACAUUUACUUUUCAUUCUAACUCCAACUGACUGGUUUUGGAAAGUGGUUGCUGGCAAGUCAUUUAACACUUUUCCUGAAGUUGUGCUCUCCUGUUACAAAUGACUCCAAGUGAAAUGGCCAAGAUCAGCUUGCCACGCACAAAUAUGAUGUGGUAACAGAAGAUAAACAAACCAUUUCUUUCUUACAUAAGGUGGUAAACCAGGGCUACAAUUACAGCCAUGAGAGUUACUGAUGCCACUGUGAAGGGCAUGAUGGCAGUCUAAUAAAAAUAUUUGUAGCUCAGGGUUGAACUGUGGGGCCCUUGAAGCUCUCUGAUUGGUUGGGGUUUUUUUGCAGACUUCAUGAGCCAACUAAGUAAAUCAUCAGUGCUGAAUGGAUAAUGAAACAUCUGCAGGAAAACAACUAAGCUCAGAGAGAAGAAGGACUCCCACAAUGUUGGCAAUUCAAAUGACACAAUUCCUGAUUAAAACAUGAUAAAUGAGGAAAAUACUAUUAAAAUACAGAUACCAUGCAAUAAACAACAUUGGCACAAUGUCUGUUACCUUGACAAAAGUCAGUGACUAGCACUGAUUAUGCUACUUAGUUUGGGUAAUGAAAUGUCUGCAAGAAAACAGCCAAACUCAGAGAAUACCAAGAACCCCUCAUUUCAAUAUCAAGCUACAAAUAUUCUCUUUUAUUGGUACAAAUAUUUUCUUUUAUUGAUUCUGACUUUUGCAGUUCAUCUUUGGUUAUCAGUAAUUGACUCAUUCAUGUCCCCGGCUGUGUCUGUGUCUGGGAUUCUCAAUAAAAGAGCUUUAAAGAAAGAAAGUCUGCAAAAAAAAAAAAAAAAAAAAAUACGCUAAAAUAAAUCACUUUUAAAAGUACCAGAUUGUUGGUUGUUUUUAUUAUCACAUAGCCUUUUUCCUUCAGUUUCUUCUUCUGGCUACCCAUAUCUGACAGUUUCUUCAGGAAUUGAAAGACAAUGUGUACUGUUCUUAGCUCAUAAGUAAAAGUAGUUACAGAAUUCUCAGAAUCAGCCAACACUCCCUUAUGUCACAGAAAGGAAACUAGUGAGAAAUAAUAAAUUUUGAGCUUUAUUUCUUUUAAAAUAUCUGGGAGUAAGAGGGAAUGUGUAUUUCCAAUAAAUGUACUUUCUAUUACCAUUCCACUCUGCCUUUCUCAAGGUUUGAAUUACAGCAGGGUGGAAGAAGGACAUUAGUGCAUGGUAAAUAAGACUUAGGGGACAGAAAGAGGAAAUAAAGUUUGUCGAUGCCAUCAAGGGACCUGCUACUCAGUCUCUGUAAAUCCAAGGUGCUGUUUCUAUACGUACAGGGAAUACCUUUCCGGGUAAUUAAACAUUACAAGGAAGAAUGUUACACAUGCUUUUGGCAGGUACCCUUCAAAGGGCAUAUAAAGGAUUUUCUCAUUGAACAUUCUACUUGGAAGCUGGUUCAAAACUAAGAAAAGAAGAGAACAACUCUUGGAAGAUUAAAAAAAUAAUGCCCCCAGCUUCCCAUUUCCAUAUCCUUUGUAGAUUAUCUUUGUGGAUGCCCCCCUUUCCCAAAACAAUUCUGUUUUGAAUUGAGGUAAAGCAGAAGCAGUCCUCUCUAGUUUCCAGUCCACUCUUGAAUGAUUUUGGAGAAGAAAGAAAUAACUUUUCUUCCUGUCUUUUCCAACGCUAAAAGCCCACACGGAGGAUCUUUCACCACUCAUGCAGCUGCUAUUACAACCAUUUUGUUAUUUUGAUGGAAGUUGUCAAAGCUCCUUUUUCAGAUCCUUGGAUUUCCCCAACUACAACUCUUUUGCAGCCACCACUGCAAUCACAGUACUAUUAAAUAGGAGACCGAACUCUACUUACUGGUCCUGACAGAGCACCCACGGUAUAUGAAGACAGCUUGGGUUUAUUCCCGGCCCUGUCCAGAUUAAAAGAAUCUGAUCUCUUAGACAAGCAGAUGCCAGUAGAGUUGCCGGUAGAGAGAAAUCUAAGAAAGGGAGAUAGUCUGACCUAGUAUAGACAGAAUCCUAAGUCUAGGACUGAGU